UUUAUGCUUUAUAACAUUUAAAGACUUUUUAUAGGUGGUGACUUUAUAGAGGUAAUAAUUAUUCUGUAACCCACGUCUGUAACCUAAUUCAGUGUGAAUGCUCUUGAGUAAAAACAAGGAAAGAAAGAAAGAAACCCAUUAGGAAUGUAGGUACAAUGAGCUGAAAGGUUCAUGUUUUACAAUCUGUACUGUUUUAUAAUAUAUGCCACUGACUGUGGAGAUACCUUGGUUUUCCUCAGAUUGUUUCAUAGCACAGCUGCCUUAGAGCACUGGUUCUCAAGCUGUGGUACACGUACACUGUGGUAUGUGAGCUCCCUCUAGUGGCAUUAGGAUUUGACAAGUGGUAUUAUCUCUUGUCACAUCCUGUUUAUGACAGUUAAAAUAAAUAACAUUUAUAUAAGAAAUAAAAUUGUCUCGUGUGAACUGUUUGUGGUGUACUGCUGUACUUUAAUGUCGGUCAUAAGGGUGGUACUACAAGAGCCAUAUAUGUCAUGAGGUGAUACUCAUUGUGAAAGGUAUGAGAACCACUGCCUUAGAGAGUUAAGAAAGAAACUGGAGGAAAAUGGCAAAAUAAGAUAGUGAUACUAAGGCCAUGCUGAAGACAAUGCAACAGUGCUGUCUCUCAUUUUUUCUUUCUCUUUCAUUUGUCUGCAAACUUUUGCAAACUUCCGGUGGAUCUGCCUUGUGAUAAAUGGCAAAAUACUACCCACAAAUUAGUCUCAGUUAUAAUAACCUGUCAGGGUUUGAUGAGGCAUUCAUCUGUAGAAGAUUCUUCAACAACCAACAAGAGAGCUUUACUAAAGAUCUGAAGACAUUGAUGAAGAUGACCAACAACUCUUUCGAUCAAAUUAAUACAACUGCUGCACCUGAUAAAAAUGACUCUGUGUAUGGUGACAAGUAUGAUGGGCUGAAACAGUCCUUAAACACAAUGUCUGUAAUCCUUUAUUCCGUGGCCUUUGUCCUCGGUGUGCUCGGGAAUGGAGUGGUUAUCUGGGUGACCGGGUUCAAGAUGAAGAAAACUGUUAACACAGUUUGGUACCUCAACCUUGCUGUGGCUGACUUCCUCUUCACUGCAUUUCUUCCCCUCAGUGUGACUUACAUAGCUUCAGGUUUCCACUGGCCUUUUGGCAAGUUCAUGUGCAAACUGAACACCACCAUCAGCUCUCUGAACAUGUUUGCCAGUGUCUACAUUCUGGUGGUGAUCAGUGUGGACAGAUGUGUGUCUGUGGUGUGGCCUGUCUGGGCUCAGAACCACCGAAAUGUACGCAAAGCAUCCUAUGUGAGUCUGUGUGUUUGGGUGGUUGCUUUGAUUCUCAGUGCUCCAUACUUCAUCUUCAGGGACACUGAGAAAAUGUCUGAAAACCAAAUCCUCUGUUUCACCAACUAUGCUCUUUCUGAUAACUAUACAGCACCAUCUGUGAUUCGGUUUCGUCAUCUAGCCAUGACUAUCACUCGUCUCUUCCUGGGAUUUGCAGUUCCCUUCACUGUCAUUGUGUCCUGUUAUGCUGUCCUAAUCCAUCAUCUGAGGAGAAACCGCACCAUGGCCAGCCAAUCAACACGCACGUUUAAAAUUGUCACUGCUGUUAUUGUCACUUUUUUCCUGUGUUGGGCUCCCUUUUACAUAAUUGGUGUAAUUGAACUAGUGAAAUUCACGUCUGCUACUCAGAGCAACACAUUAGACCUUGUCAUUGGUGUCGGGAUGCCUCUGGCCACCAGUCUGGCCUUUCUCAACAGCUGCUUCAACCCACUGCUGUAUGUGUUCAUAGGCCAUGAUUUUAAAGACAAAGUCCGCAAAUCCAUCCGAAAUGUUUUGGAGACUGUCUUCCAGGAAGAGGAGACACACACUCGCACUUACACAGGGUCAGUGGUCACCAGUCAAAACAAAAAUAGCUCAGAUUUGAAUACUGAGGUAUAAGAAACCAAAUAAUUAAACUGUAAAUGGCAGACAAUUGUGACAACUAUCUUAAAAAUGAUUCUAAAUGUUUCAAAAAUAUCUCAAAAUGCUUUAGGGCUUUUUUACUAGCCAUAGCAUUAAUCUGAUACAUGACUGCAUGAAUCUAUGAAUCACAGCAGUCCAUACAGGUUACUUUUUUAUAGAACUAAAAGCAGUUAUACAAUGUUAUUGCUUCCAUUAUUGUUGCCUUUUUUCUGGGCUGGACUCCCUAUCAUUCAGCUGAUAGUAUUUAUUCCACCAAAUGAAAAAAUUCACUAUGCCAUUCAAUUGGGAUCUUUGUUGCCAAAAAUUUGGUCGUUCUUCACUGCUGCUUGAAUCCACUGCUGUAUGUCUUCUUGAGACAAGAUUUUAAGGCUGAAAUACGAAAAUCCAUCCUGAAUGUGCUGGAGAGCCUUCCAGGAAGAGGAGACACGCUCUCCCAGUGACAUGAAGUCAGUGAACACCAGGCAGAGCAGAGAGAAGUCAGAUUAGAUUACUGAGGUAUAAGGCUGUAUAUGAGGUACAUAAACAUUAGGGGUGCAACGAUAUUCGUAUCGAUAUUGAACCGUUCGAUACAGUGCUUUCGGUUCGGUACGCAUAUGUAUCGAA